AUGCCUUCCGGAGUGAAGCUCCUAGUUUUCCAAAGAAGUUUUGAUCCGAGAAGUUUAUCUUGCAGCAAUGUUAGCAAACGGAUCAGGAUCCCACGAAAACAAGAGUUGGACCUUCCUUCCGAUGUUUUAGAACAGAUCCUGUCCUUGUUAAGCUCUAAGGAUAGAGCUCGAGCAAGUCUUGUAUCUAGAAAGUGGCGAGACAUUGCAUAUUCUGUCAAAAGGAUCCACCGCCCUCCAAAAUUUGUUUAUUUCGAUUUCAAUGGCAACAUUGGUAUCUGCGACCUUGCUUCCUGUCGCUCAAGCAGCAUCCCACAUCCAAAUCGACCAGGCGGUAAUGUUUGUUAUGCCAAGGAUGGUUGGAUGCUGUUCCACGAGUCGGAUACUGGGGCAAUGACUUUCUACAACCCUCACUCUGCAAACCGGAUUGAGCUCCCAAAAAUAGAUUUGAAGUUCUGUAAAGCCGCCUUCUCAGCUCCUCCAACCUCAACAAACUGUGUUGUAUUCCUGCUGCACAGUUGCAACACAGAGGCGUGUGUCAAUGCCGUCACUUGGUGCCCGGGGGAUACGGCAUGGACACUUUCCAAGUAUGAAUAUGAUCAUCCAUCCAUAAGCUCGACUUGGAAAAUUAUUGGUGACUACAGCGAAGAAAAUCCAUCCUGCAGCUCCUGCUGGAAAAGUAUUGUGGUUCGCUAUGGAAUUUUCUACAGUUUUAAUAUGUUUGGAGAUAUCGGAGUGUUUGAUCCGGUAAGGCGUACAUGGGGAGCUCGCUCCUGCAAGCGCCUAAAAUCCAUUCAGCAUAUGAACAAGCUUAGGUGGGAAUAUUUCAUCUUCAUGGCAGAGUACAAAGGCGACUUCUUUCUAGUGCACAUUAGGGGCUACCGGCCAGCAAAUGUCUACAAGUUGGAUGAAGUUAGCUACAGGUGGUACAAGGUUAAAGACGUAGGCGGUGCAACCUUCUUCUCAAGCACCAUUACAUCUCUCAUCCGGGAUGAUCUCCCGCAUGUCAUGAAGAACUGCGUGUAUUUCCCAGAGAUCGUGGAUGCAGAGAGGCACUGCUUAGUGUACUCUAUGAAAUUGAAGAAGUUCUAUAGGAAUCUGGAGCACCGUCCAUAUCUGAUUAUAAGAAAAUUCCCGGACAUCUGGAUGGACAUCAGCAAAGAUCCAGAGAUGAAAGAGAGGGAUGACAUUCUCAAAAUGAAUCGGAAAGUAUGGUUGUCAUUUGCACGGAUGCACCAUAAAGCUUUUGGGACAAAGCUCGCCCUUCGGGACUAA